AGCCAGGCAGGAGUGGAUAAAGAGGAACAGGCAGUGAAAAAUUUCAGUGACGCCUAAGGAGUUCAGGGGGGCUUAGAAGUACAGGCUGUGUAGUGGGGUCUGUUUAACAGCUGAGGGAUCUCAACAGCAUGUGCUCUCACACUACCGGAUGAUCCGAUUUAUGGAAAAGGUCACUCUGAGGCAAUUUGUGUAAAACCUGCAGCAGUCAACGGGGACACAGAAAUCUCCACUGGGUUCCAGUGUUCUGAUAAAAAGACAGGUUAGCAUUUGUUUGGAGUGGAACAUCUACAGAGCAAAGGAAGAAGAACCAGCAGACAGAACUGAGGAAUGGUUUGGAAAACCAGGUAAAGAUGAAUUGAAGAAGUCAGCCAUGAUGUGGAAUGGGACAGUGACAGUGACAGUGUCAGAAUUUGUAUUACAUUGUGCGAUAGACCCUGAGCAGAGGACCAUUACAAUCGUUUCACUUGCUCUCAUCUACUUCGUGACACUCAUUGGGAACCUGCUGGUAAUUGCAGUUAUCACUAUGAACCCUCAUCUCAAGACACCAAUGUUUCUGUACAUCUGCUUCUUAGCCAUCAUCGAUGUCGUUAACAGCACCAAUCUUAUCCCACGUAUGCUGGCUAUCCUGCUCUUCAACUCUUCAACCGUGCCUUAUGGACCCUGCUUACUGCAGCUGUCUGUCGUGUACUACCUUGGGGUUUUGGAAGGCAAUCUUUUGCUAGUUAUGGCCUGUGACCGCUAUGUGGCAGUGGUUUAUCCCCUGAGGUAUCCAUCGAUUGUUACGAGUAAAGUCGUCUGUGCCAGCAUCUUCCUGGUGAACAUCAUUGGUGCGGUGAUCCUCACGCCAUACCUGGUUUAUGUAAGAGAACUCUCCUUUUGUCGCACCAAUGUCUUGCCUUACUGUUUCUGUGACUAUGCGACAAUGGUUCAAAUCGCAUGUACCGAUGACCCCAAGUAUAUUGUCAUUUUGUCCAUCACAACAGGAAUAUCGGCGUCAUACUGUGUGACGCUGACCGUCUUUUCCUACUACAAAAUCGCUCGAGCAGCUCUGAAGAUCUCCUCCGUCAAAGGGAAACAGAAGGUCUUCAGUACCCUGCUGACCCACCUGCUGGUGGUGGGCCUCUUCUAUUUCCCUCUGAUGAUCUCCUACAUACUCCCUGGAGUCGGGGUGAAGCUGUCGGCUGAAGCCUGCACUUCUUUAAUCAUUGUAGCCAUCCUAGUCCCUCCGAUGAUGAAUCCCUUAAUCUACAGCUUUAGGAAUAAGGAAAUAAAAAGCAGCAUCCACCGGCUUUUCACAGGAAAGAGAACACAUCCCGAGAUUGAUGAUCCGUAG